UAGGGGCUGUCGCCUCCGCCUCCUACUCAGCGGCAGCCGGGGCAGCCGGAUCGCGGCGGCGGCGGCUGCUGCUGCUGCGCGGAGGGACCGCGGAGCGGAGGGAUGUGGGGCUUUGGGGGAGGCAGGAUCUUCGGGAUCUUCUCCGCUCCCGUCCUUGUGGCCGUGGUCUGCUGCGCCCAGAGUGUGAACGAUCCCGGCAACAUGUCCUUCGUGAAAGAAACUGUGGAUAAAUUGUUGAAAGGCUACGACAUCCGCCUCCGGCCGGAUUUCGGAGGUCCACCCGUCUGCGUGGGGAUGAACAUCGACAUCGCCAGCAUCGACAUGGUUUCCGAAGUCAACAUGCCCCCCGGGCGGCCGGAGCUUGCUGGGGCUCUGCCGGCACCUGCCGCGGCCUGGCAGCCCGCGGGAUGCGGAGCGGAGUGGGGCGAGCCGGCGGCCGACGGGGUUUUCGGGGCCGGAGGGCUGCGGCUGGAGGCAUCUCCCCGCGGGUCAGGGGAAGAAAACAGCCCAGCUUGUCGGUGGGUAAACUCUGACAUGUGCAAGUGCUUUAAGGAUAGCUGAGCACCCAGAGCCGGCGCGGUUGUGUAUGGACUUCGGAAGAAUUGCAGUCUUGCCUCGGAAAGUGGUGCUGUGCGGGUCUGUCGGGUUCACCGAUGAACAGGGAGGUCUUUAGGGCAUUUCUGCGGUUUGGUCGUCCUGUCUGUAUAGUUUGGUGAUUCGGGGUUAGGAGCUACAAUUUCUAUUUCUUGUCCUAAUCCUAAAUCUGAGUUGCGUUUUCCAUGUUCCUGAGCAAAUUACUAGUCGCUGUCUCAGUUUUUUUCUUGUAUUCUUCCUUUUGCAAACCUGAUGUAGAAAGACCAGCCUACUCUGCAAUGCUAUAGUUACAUUUAUGGUGUUAAACAUAAUAAUUACACGUUUGGGAGCUGUGCUCUCUUGUAGUAAAUAUGACACACUACACUACACCUCCUUCAAUGCACUGUUGUAGUGUUACAAGCUGGCAUAGCUUGGCUUUAUACAUGAUCUGUGUAUUUUCAUUAAUCCUGACCUUUCUUUCACCCUCUUUACCUGAAAUUCUGAGGAACUUUUGCUCUACUUCUCAUCUUUUAAAAAAUUAUUUUUAAAAGAGGGUACAGUUGCCUGUUUGCAGUUGAAAGUGUCACCAGCGCCAGCAUUUCUACUCAUUCAGGAGGGAAAAGUGAGAUAGUUCUUACUUCUAAGAGUUUGUUUUAGGCUUUCUGCAGAUUCAGGCAACUUCAGAGACAUCUCGUGUAUUCGACAGGCUUUUCUAUACCUGUAAAAUUGCUUCUCAAAUAAAAAAAUGGAAGCAGAAUGAGAGCUUCUCAUUGAAGAGUAAUUAAAAAGUCUGACUUCACUAUCCCCUCUGCCACCUUUCCCACCUUUGGCUAUGCUCCAGACUUAGGGAAGCAUUGCAUGACUCAUUAAAUUAAUAUAUAGCACUUUGUGUAUGUAAAGCGCCACUUAGGCAAUAAAUAUCAUAGAAAGGCAUACUGAGAUUGGAAAGAAAAUGAGGCGAUGUAUGCUGGUUUUUGUGCCCUUUUUUUUUCUUUUUUCCCCUAGCUGUGGGAAAGUUUGUUAGUUUUGAAUAACAACUUGUCCAACCCACUGUAGCAGGGAUACAAGAAAAAGUAAGUAAUUGCACUGCUUGUUAUGCUAGGCUGGGUAAUUAGAUCUUGAAUGAUACGGGAGCUCCUCAAGAGGAUGGGUACCAUCUCUUUCCCCCAGACAGGAGCCAGUGUACCAAUUGCUUAAGUUUCUAGCUGCUGCACAAGUCGGUGUCCACUGUUGCCCAUUAGUUCCCAGAACAGCUGAAGAGAAGUGUUUUUUCCUGUGUCCUCUCAUGGGGCAAUGCUAAGUCUGAAAAAUAUCAAUACAGAUCUUGCAACAGAAACAAAUAAUGUGUUUCUGAAGGGAGUUGCUAAAGUACUAUUGUUAUAAAAAUUGUGCUAGUUUACUUUAGGAAAAAUGAGGAGGAAGGGUUUCUGGUUGGUGAACACUAUUGCAACCAGAAUUUCAUCUGAGCUUGUCUCGUUUCCCUGUGAAAGAACUCAUCUUUGACCAAGCGCAGCUAUAUUCAAGUAGUGCCUGAGUUGAUUACUUUCACUUAUUUUAAGUUGCUUUAUACCAGUCUGCAAAGAUUCUCGAGUAAAUAUCAAUGAAUAGUGAAUAAGAAUGAACAGAAGGAGCUUUUCAAGAUUACUCAAGCAUAUAUUCUAAGUAGUAAUUUGGAGGGGGAAAAAAGUCACAGUUUGAAGACCAGAAGCAUAGCUGUUGAACUUCAUGCUUGUUGCCAACUAAACUUCUAAUAUUUGACGUGCUGUUUCAUUUAAUUCCAAGCAGAUAUUGUGAGCAUUGACCUUUAGCCUCAUCAACUACUGAAACAUCUUACGAGAAUUUCUUUGUGUGAACUGUAGUGUGGACAUGAAUUCCUUUGAUUUAAAUCUAGACCUUGGUGUAACCUUUUAUAAAUUGGCUUGUUAAAAUUCAUCUCUGUAUUAAAAAUAAAAUAACCAGAGAUUGAACAUUCUUCAAUUUUAUGUGCAUAAAUAAAAUGUUAUUACAGGAAGUUUUAUUAUGCUGCCUUCGAAGCAGCCAGUAUUGUAGCUUUCAGUGAUAUGAUGACAAUUCUUUGUAAGAGGAAUUACAGCUUGUAUCAUACUCUUUUCUAUUCUUAAUCAAACUGUAGAUUUAUAUAUAAUAUAUUCCUCUAUGAAGCUUCAGUAACUAGUUAUUCAUUUAGCUUUCCAGAAUUUUAAAAAUUUGUGUAGUUUUAGCCUUUCUGUUGAAAAUUACUGAAAAUUCUUUGCCCUCUACAUCCAGGAUACCUGUACUGUUUUUUAGAAUAGACUUAUUGAAUCGCAAGUAUCAGGGCUGCAGAGCAUUAAGUUGUUUUACUGAAAAGUUGUAAAUAAGCAGUUUCUACUGGUUCUCAUAACACCUUGAAAGUAUCGAGUAGGGUUAUUGAAAUCAUUACUCUGCUACAUUAUUUACAUCAUACUGAAAUUACUAAACAUGUCUGAUGUAAAAAUCAUAUGCUUUGAUAUUUAUACUUCGAGUUAUUAAUCCCCUCUUGCUACCAUAUAUAUAAAUUUGCAUGUAAAAAGUGCAUUGCUCAGGGAAGGGCUACAUCUGUUAAUGACCUGCACAUAUGUGUAUAUGUAUAUCUCAGUAUGUGCAUUACUUCCCUGCUUUACCUGUACAUGGUUUCCCAUUAUUAUUUACCUAUUUCAAAAAUUAUAUCUGUAGUUGGAUACUUAAGCACCUAUCUAUUUUUGUGCCCACCUCCAAUAACUGCAUUUAAAAUAGUUGUAAAUUGUACAGUAAUAUACAUCUUCAAAGAAAAUAUUAAUCAAUAACAACAGAUGUAAUACUGAGAAAAUACUGUAAGUCAUCAUACAAAUAAAGAGUAUGGAAGAUUA